AUGAGACAAAAGAUUGAUGUUCUAUUGAAUACAACAGAUUUUUCAUUUCCAGAAUGUCUCGUGUCCCAAUGGUCCAGUUGGGGUGAUUGUGUCGGAACAUGUCAGUACGCUGAAGUUGUUCGCAAUAGAGAUGUAGUUGAGCCACCUUUGCCAGAAACAAUGGCAGGAGGAGGCAUGUACCGUAAAGUUUGUCCCAUUCUCUAUGAGACAAAACCAUGCAUGCCUGCUCGAUGCAAAAAGAUUGAGAACGAUAUGCCUCGACCUAAUCCAUUAAUCAUCGAAGAACAUUCUUCUGCGGUAAUACAUCUUAAAUUAGGAAAUAUUGGUAUUUUAUCUCCUUUUCAGUUGAACAUCAAUGAAUCCAACGCCAAUCACAUCCCAUUACAGAAUGAUCUUGAAAAUAACGAAGAGAACUUUGUUCGUUCGACUGAUGAUACUGUGAGAAACGCCAACUCAUUUUCUACAGCUGGAGACUCUUUAACACCUAUGAAAUCACCAGUUGAAUCUUUUGUUGACGAAGCAGUUGAAGGGUUUUCCAAAAAAAGAUCAGAAAAGUCUCAUAUUCAACAGCCUCUUCCAAACUCUCCAACUCUCCGAAGAAUCGAAGUUACUUCACCACCUCAUACUAAUCCUUACAUCAGUCGACUGACAUUCGAUAUGCCUCUCAGAAAAAUGCUCUCUCCCGAUAUAGAGAAGCGACUACAACGAAGACUCAACAUCUCCAGAAUUCAUUUCCGUGAUCUUGGAAAUAGCCCAACUACAACUGUUGUACCUGAAGUCGGAGAGCCAUCAGUUGAGCAAGUUCUAGCUGAGUUGGAAGCAGCCGGCGAUAUGAACAUUCCAUGGGAUGACAAACAUCUCAGAAAGGCUAUAAGAAAGAAUAAGAAACUUAUGAAAGCCCUUAUGGAUGCUUACAAGUUCAAGAAAAACUUAAAAAAGGAAUCUGAUACCCAAGCUCCAAACGGUGUUGAAAAUUCUCUACCUGUUGCUUCUCCAACUUCUGAAACAACUUCAUUCCACGAGAAUCAAUCAGAAUCCACAUCUUCUCCAACUGAAUCAACUUCCGUCCAAUACUGGAAGCAUCAGAAAGGAUAUGUUCCAAACACUAGAAAACAUGCCUCUGAUAUAACCAACAAGCUGUACAUGACCAAAGAAAUUGUUCAAGCUCUAUCAGACGAUGUUAUCAGACGAGUUCCUGUUCUAAGAAUUGAAUGCUUAGAAAACUCAAGGUGCUGUCGUGUAGAGCGAACAGAAUGCCCAGAUGGUACUCGACCCACUAUGGUUCGAAGAUUCUACAGACCUCCUGGAGCAUCUAUCUGUGUUCCAUAUCAUUAUCCUAAAUGCUCUCAAACUGAAGAAAUGGAAGAACGACCAAUAGAGUUUGAGCAAAACUGUCAAGACCUUUGCUUCGCUGGACCUGAAAAAAGAAUUUCCCCAUUAUUAGCAUCAGACUUCCAUCAUUAA